AUCCUAUUGUAACAAAAGGGAAACAUUGGAACUUGUAUUUUAUAUUACUAUGGUAUAAAUGGGAAAAACAGCUAUGAGUCAUAUUAAUAAAGGUUAUUCCUAACAACUGUAGCACUAAAACUACCAUCUAUACACAUGGUGCAGCAGCCCCUGAACUGUGGUGGGACAAACCUUUACUCUUAUAGUUCGAGAUAUAGUUUCAGCUUUGUAGUUUUUCUGUGCCUCAUAUUUUAAAUAUUACUUUUAAAAUCAAGUUGCAUGAAUAACAUAAACUUUUAUGUGAAGAGUCCCAAAAUUCACUCUAGCCCAAGGGCCCACGUCCUCCUAAAUGAUGCCCUGAAUGCAUCUUUAACAACAAUCACAUGAUAAACACAAAAAAUGCCAAUAUUCUUAUUAUUUGAUAAAGUAUCAGCGUGUGAAAUCAGAACUUCGACUUUAACUGAGUAUUUAAGCAUUAGCACUUUCACUGAAGUCCUCUCCCAAACUCUUUAAGUGCCAUUAUGACCCCUCCACGGACAGAGGCACGCUGGGAAGUGUAGUCUCCUGAAACUAAAAUGAUUCGGUGGAGAUACCCCACAUAACAGCAUUUCCCAUAACUCCACGCGCAAUUUCUUCCUCCUCUCUUUCCUUCCUGCAGCCUCGGCCCUUCUCAGCUGAAAAAAGGAAGAUGAGAAGCCGCUGCUGCAGCCCCGAACAGAACCGACACUGAACUGAACCGGACCUCCAGAGGAAUGUCAGCGGAACGGCUGCUCUCAGGGCGGAGGCUGAGCUCAGUUGCCGAUCGCCGGUCCUGAACACGACACGAACAGCCUGGAGGAGCGGGCGGGUGGAACUGCAGCCCGCCGGGCCGGGCCGUUCCGAGCCGAACCGAAGAUAGUUCCUGUCAUCCACCGUCCUGCCAGCGAUGCAGAGAAACCUUCUGGACUGAAGAGUCGUCUGCAUCCUGUAUCCUGAAACCAGACCCAAACCGAAGCCCUCAUUCAGGCUGCAGCAUGGAGCGCUCCGGCAGCAUUCAGCUGGACAUUCCUGACUUCAGUAACUCAGUCUUGUCCCACCUGAACCAGCUGCGCGUUCAGGGCCGCCUCUGUGACAUCGUGGUCAACGUUCAGGGCCAGAGUUUCCGUGCACACAAGGUGGUCCUCGCCGCCAGCUCGCCGUACUUCCGUGACCACAUGUCCCUGAGCCAGAUGAGCACCGUGUCAUUGACGGUUAUCCGCAACCCCUCCGUGUUCGAGCAGCUGCUGACCUUCUGCUACACGGGCCGCCUCUGCCUGCAGCUGGCGGACAUCAUCAGCUACCUGACGGCCGCCAGCUUCCUGCAGAUGCAGCACAUUAUCGACCGCUGCACCCAAAUCUUGGAGGGAAUUCACUUGAAGAUCAGCUUGGCAGAUGUGGACGAGACAUCCAGGGAGGAGGAGGUGUUGAUGCAAGGGUCCCGGAGCAGCAGGACGAUGGGGGCUGUGGUUCGAGGAGGGACUCAUCAUGGCAGUCUGAGGCUUCUUGGCCCCAGAGGAGGAGCGGAGGUGUGUGAGGUGAUCAGCCCAGCAGAGGAGCCGCUCAGCCCGCCGCCGACAGUGGAGCACAGCGGGCCUGAGGGGCCUGGGACCACUGGCAGCAGAGCCAGCAAAGAGCCGCUCCUCCGCAUAAACCGGGCCGGUCAGUGGUACAUGGAGACGGGCAGCGAACCGGAGCGGACUGACAGCGCUGAGGAGGGCAUCGGAGUGGACCGAGUCAGGAUCAAGACGGAGAGGACAGAGGACUGGAUCGGAGCAGGAGGUAACCAAGAGGAGGGGCCCUCUGCAGAGGAGGGGGCCACUGUAAUGAUCGACACAUCGGGGCGCAGCACGCUGAUGACAGCCCCACUGGGAGGACUGGGAACCCGCAGCGGGCAGGCGUCCUCUAGCUUCAGUGAAACAGACCGGUUCAGUCCCACCGGCAGCGUGGUCGUCAUCACAGAGCGCCAGAGAGCGAAGAGCGAGUCUCCAAGCAGAGCCGACGAGCUCCGACAGCCGAGCUCGCAGGGGGAGGAACACUCAGCGUUUGAUAUGGGCGGCUACGAGGACUACCUGAGGGAGCAGGUUGGAGACCGCUGGUUCCGCUACAACCCCCGGCUCACCUGCAUCUACUGCUGCAAGUCCUUCAACCAGAAAGGCAGCCUCGACCGCCACAUGCGUCUGCACAUGGGGAUAACGCCGUUCGUUUGCCGGAUCUGCGGGAAGAAGUACACCCGCAAGGACCAGCUGGAGUACCACAUCCGCAAGCACACCGGCAACAAGCCCUUCCACUGCCACGUCUGUGGAAAGAGCUUCCCCUUCCAGGCCAUCCUCAACCAACACUUCCGCAAGAACCAUCCAGGCUGCGCUCCCCAGGAGGCCCACAGCGCCUCGCCCGAGACCACCACCACCUCCGUCACGUCCAGGGGAGGCCCGAGUGACGAGGCCUCCCCGAGCCAGGAAGAGCCCGAAGGCGGGGGAGGCGGCGGCAGUGGUGGAGGCCAAUAUGGAGAGGGUCCUCAGACAUCAGUUUCCACCACAGGGCCCGACUGACCUCAGUGAAAGAAAGACGUCAGAUCUGAGGUCACCACGGGGAGUGGGUCCGAUCCCGUUGCAUUCGAAGGCGACGGGGCGCCAAUCCGUCUGAAGUUAACGCACAUCUCAGAGUCCGAAAUGAGAUUCUUACCGCUUUAAACCGCAUCUACCUUCACUAACCAGACAGAACAGAUUAAGCUAAAGAUGAAGAAACGCCACACACUCCUACAACCUCAUACAUCACAAAGUUCAGUGGGUCUCGUUUGGCUUUGUUGACUUUAUGUUACACAUUUCUACGUUCACGGUGCAGCACCACCACGGUCUGGGGAGUCUGGGGGAGGACUUUGUCAAAAUACUCAGUGCCAGUUUAACAGUUCAAAUCCUUUUUAUUUACCUUGAGACAAUCUGGAGCGGUCAGGUUAAUAAUAACGUUAGUAAUAAUCAUCGCGCUCUUUAAGUGCCACAGUGAUGACGGUUUUGUUUAUUGGGCAAAGUGCAACUGGGAAAGUUACAUCUCAGUGUGACUGGAGUUUCUGACAUCCGUCACAUUUCGUUUUUACACUACAAACAAAAACUACAGCUUUAACUUCACUGUCCUCAGUUUCAAAAUAUUUUACUCAGAAUACGUUUUUUUUUUUUGUUUAUGAGACGUUGGCUUCAAAUACCUCAUUUUACCUGCAAUUAUGUUUGAUCCAAAAUUAUUUAGGCUCUCUAAAUUGUUGAAUAAAUCUUGUUCUUUCAGUCAAGGAUGACAAGUUUAAUCCUUAAAUUGGUGAGCCUGCCUUACCACUGAUCCACGACACCCUUUUUUUAGGUUUUCUACUUUUUAAAGGGGACAUAUCAUGCUUUUACAUCCUUCGUUUUCACCAUUAAAUCAUCCUGGUGUGGUCUAUAUAAAGUGGAACUGCGAUGCUUUGGUCUGAACUCCUUGAUCUUGUAGCUCCACAGGCUCCUCUUUUACCUGUUCUGAGGUCCGUCUGAGAGCAACUCUUUUUGGUGCCGUCUCUUUAUAUGUUGCUGAGUCCCUUCACACUCCGCCCCCCGCCAGGUCAAAGAGCGCUCCACUUUAACCUGUUUGGCAAUUUUUGUAGUUUGAUAACAAUUAUCUAGUGACACAGAAACAAAACAAAAACAGCCAAAAAAUGCUAAACUUUAUGUAAUAAUAAUAUUCAAAUCACGUAGUAUGGUUCUGACCUCCAGGAGCUAGAAGCAACACACAGCACCAACAUCAGCAAAAGGCUCGAUGCUGCUGCUAUCAGAACAAUGGUCAGGACGUCCUAUAAACCCAACAAAUUCAUGUCUAAAACAAAGUUUGUUGUCAUUUUAGCGUUAUUUGCAGCUUACCACUUGGCUGUGUCCGUUGUUUCCAUAGACAGAAGGAACUGAGUAAUUUCCCCACUGAUGUGGGAACAUUUCCAUGAAAAAUCAAAUUUAACCAGGAACUUCGUAGAGGUUCUUGUGCUGGGGGCCGGUGUAAUGAAUUAUGUGGGUUAAUACACCCAACAACCGAACUGAACUUAUCCUUUUUCAGCGUAGGCGUCCUUGAGCUUGGACUACAAAAUCACAGCGAGAAAUUAAAACAGCGGAUUCGGGAAAUUGGUUAGCCGGACGUUCAGAGAAAACGGAACGUACUGAAUUAUAUGACCCAAACAGAAUAUACAAAUAGCUCAGCAACACUUGGAGAGACUAAAUUCAACUUUUUACUCUUCUACAGACUCCAAGUACACAACAAAAUGUAUUUAAACGCUAAAAACGUGGAUUUUGCAUGAUAUGCCCCCUUGAAAAUGAGAUAUUUGAAGACAUCAUCCCCAAAGGAACUCCAGCCACACUGUUUUAGUACAAUUGGCUGUAAAAUAUUUAACCGUUACAUGUUAAUGUUCGAUUACUGUGGCAGCGAAACCUUUUAAGGACCUUAUAGAUUCAGAUAGAACCAUCUGGCACCAUGUCAACAACAGAACAAACUCACAGUAGGAAAAGCAGUCUGAGAUAAGCUACACAGCUCAAUAAUUACCUCUCAUCACUACGCAAUACAGCUGCUGCACGCUCAGCACCACCUGGGGGGGCGCUCUGGUCCACUCACACAGAGAUCUCCGUCAGUCUUCUCAGAUACUUUUUUAUCAACAAGCACAUCUUUAUUUUUUACUUUUGUUUAUCAUUACUGUACACCUCUUUGCUUUUGACAAUGAAGCCUAUUGUUUAAGGGAGGAGGAAAUAAUCAGCACCCGAUCUUUCACAGUUAACGACGCAUUAAAUCUUCUGCACUCCACCUGAAAUAUAAGUGACUUUUAGAGUAAAAUCAAACUUAGUUAUUAGCCAUAUAUAUGCCAUAUAUAUGCUUUUUUGUCACACAUGAAUGUUUCAGAUCAUCAAACAAAUAGCCAGUUAUUUUGCUACUUCAGUUAGUUAGCACAUUCAAAAACAAUAAAACAAUGACCAAAUUUGUCAACAUUCACUAACCCAAUCCAUUAAUAGAUUUCUGCCUCAGAGACACAAUUACAGUAGAUAUUCUGGAAGCAGCAUUUAGUCCUUCAGGUGAUGUUUAGCAUAUUUGGUCCUACAGCAGAAAGCGGAAUGAUUUUGAAGGAGGCAAAUUAAAUGUGACAGCUGUGGUCUUAUCCAGAGUGCAAUAGAAGUAGUGCGUCAUUGAUGACAGGUGAUUUGGGUUUGAAAUGAAUAAAAGGCAAAAGGAGCUCGGCCCUGUCGGACCAGAUGGAUGUAAUAACCCGCCCGUUGAUCUGGACUUCUAAACCUCCAGAUGGUGCACAUCAGAGCAAGUGGCAACCAAAGGACAACGCUGUGGCCAUUUCGGUCCUCCAAAAUGCCCAAACUUCCGCGCUUACAGCAACAAAGAAUCAUGGUGGAAAGUUUUUAAAAAAAAACAACAAUAGCAAAUCUAGAAAUAUUAUUGGACAGAUAUAUUUAAACUACUAUGAUAGUUUUUUUUCGCAUAUCAAUGUAAAGGAGUUAAGUUUAAUCCAGACAUAUGGCGUGUUGGGAGGUAGCACAUGGAUCCGCUGUUACUGUUUUCUACAGGACUGUGAAUCUGAUUCUCAGUGGACAGUAAAUGUUUUUUAUGCAAGUGACGCAAGUGGCUCUGUCCUCAAACUGAGUGAACCGAGAUUUCUUCUCGGAUCCCACAACAAGAGCCGGCGCCACGCUCACACUUCAGGCCUAACCAGGAACUAUCAGGUAUACAGACUUUCUUCUUUUAUUCUCUCAAGUGGACGUUUUUUCUCUUUGUAGCAGAGCAUUAACAGUCAAACCUCAGUGCAGUUUGCAGACUGCAGAAAUUCAAAUUUAAUGUAAAUAAACACACUAGCAGCAGGUGAAAGAAAAUAAUUGAGUGUAAGUGACAACUAGAUUACAAAAUAUACAAAACCAGGGCUGGGCAAUAUGAACCAAAACGUACUGAAACCACAAGACCUCUUAAAUGUACUGCUGCCACAUUUAAUACAGUCUUCAGUUGAAAUUUAAUAAUCCUUUUAAUGGGGUAAUAUGUUGUUCUUGACGUCCACCUUGUGUUUGUGUGUUAUAAAUGAAGACGUGUUGUCAUGUAAUAUUGCUCACAUAUUGCAGUAUGUCGAAAUAUUCACCUCAGAGUGACUAGUUGGAGCUAGUGUGAUGUUUAGGAAAUGGUUUUUAUUCUGCGGGACACAGGGAAAAUUACAUUAAAUCCAGUAUUUUAUCUUUAUUAACACAUUUUUCAAAAGGCAUAGUAUUUUAUUCUCGUAAAGGAAAAAGACCUCAGGAGCUUAUGAUGUGCGUCAAAAGUGCUUCUAAUAAUUUCAGUAGUAAAAAGUCACAUUCGGGUAUUUGGCUACCAUUGGCUGUCACAGAGUGGCGUAAAGCACUUUUAUCUUUUCAUCUAUAACUGCUUCUCCAAUUAUUCUUUUGUUACAAAAAAUAAAUCCAGAUAUUAUCCAAAAUCAUCAAUGAAUCUAAUCUUGUGACAUUUGGCUUGAGAUAUUUUAAUUAGAGGUGGUCAAAAUGCUCAUAGCUAGUCAUUUUCAGGCUGUCACAAAAAAUAUUUAAUAAUUGAAGCAGUGACAUCAAACCUGGCUUUAAGUUUAAUGGUUAAAACCUUGAUUUCUUUUAUCCAUCACAGCAAGACAGAUUUCUGUAUCAAACAAACAAAACUUUGUUAGCCAAAAUUAUGCAUACAAUUAUGCUACAAUUAAUUGAAUUUUGUUUUGCUAAAAAGAUAUUUUGUUCCCUUAAAAACGGGAAAAAGCUGCUAAAAGAUAGAUUCUGUAUAACUCCAAAAGUAUUGAACCAGUCUAAACCAGUUUUAUCUGGCUUUGACUGGUUAAUCAGAGGUAGCCCAAUGCUAAUGCAAUACUAGCGUCGUCAUGUCACUAUAUUUGAUAUGAUUUUAAGCUGUAACUAUACUAAUACUAAUACUAUUCGAUUUCCUGUAAAAAAAGUUUCCUAGAGAUUUAUUCGUAAAGCAAUGAAGAUUAAUGUCAUAAAAAAUCUGAAAAGAAAAAAAUAACGUGAUCCUUGCCAAAACUAAAGCCCAGUUAAGGCUAGUUUUUAUCUUAGCUAGUUAAGCUUUCUGGUUGUAACUAAUUGUAGUUACAAAUGCAAUAAGACCAUCUCUGAACCAGUCUAAACCGGUCACGACUGGUUCCGGCCGCUUAAUCAGAAUUACUCAAAGUUGCCUGGCUGCCAAUUUUCAAAUUGCAUUGUUAGACUAUUUUUCUUAUUUAAAACUUUAACCUGCAACAUAAUAAAGAUUAAUAUUGAAUUCUAAUUACACAUGUAAAAAAUCCAGAUAUUUAUCAAUCAAAGUGAAAAAGAGUAAUUAGAAUGCUGACAAGAAAAAGUAAUAAAAUUACUGCCAUGGUAAGUUCAAGGUUUUCAGUUUUUAAAAUAUUGGUAUUUCUUUGUAAUCUGGCUGUUAAAAACUUCCCAUCUUACACGUGUUAUUAAUAUAAUAAUAUUCCUGUAACAGAAUACCUCAACCUGUUUUCAAAAUGUUUAGUCAGCAAUGCUAACCCAUUGUUAGUGCAUUAGCUUUGUGCAAGCUAAAGCUAACGCAAUGUGCACAAUUUAAAUUGAGAGAAUUUUACUAUGAUUCUUGAAAGCUAUAUUACCUUUUUGUUUUAUCUAAAAUUUAGUUGUAUUAAUUGUGGCUCAGACAUCUUGUCUUUUAAAAUAUUUUUUUAAAAUACCGUAUAUUAAAAGACACAUAUUGCCCAGCCAGCUCGCAACACAAAGACAUUAACCCAGUUUGUCCUCCUAAAACAGCAGGAAUAAACAAAUUAAUUUUGGUUUUUUUUUUUAGUAAUGUUGAUUUGUUUUUAAGGUGCAGUUUUACAAAUGCCAAGAUCAGCCUUUAUAUUUUUUAUUUGACUUGUUUUUUAGUUUGGCUUUUGUCUCAACACUGAGGUGUGUCUUUUCAUUAGAAACACAUCAUUUCAAGCUACUUACAGUCAAAAAUGAGUUUAUUUCAAACCAGAUUCACUCUAAUGGAAUCGGGGGAAAAGUCGGAUCAACGUUAUUUUCACUGUGAACUUUUCUUUAUCUUCCAUCAUUAUUAUUACCCCUAGUCACGAAUGCACCAGAAUAAGCCCUAAACCAGUGACUGCUAAAUUAUGAGAUGUGUUGCAAAGUGUUUAUCAUCCUGCCCCAGAUUUUUGGACAACCUUCGUAAGGUUGCGACUCUUGUGGUGGCUCCCAUCGAACAAUGACAACACUUAUUUUUAGAAAGCGAUGAUGAAAAGGUCAGCAAUUUGCUGCAUAAAAUCCGACCUUUCCCUCUGAGUUAUUUCUGCUUUUUUAACUUUAUAUUUUCAUGUUCAAACUGUGAAAAAUAGCCAAACCUCAUCAUCAUCAUCAUCAUCAUCUUGGGCUUCAUGUCUUUCACCAGAUACUUUUGUCUGUUUUUGGGUAACACUGUCUGCUUUUCUACAACAUGCCAAACUUUAUUUUCAUGUUUCUUUAGCUUAAUUUUGAAACUACUUGCUUUUUAAUAUUUUUACUGUGUGAAUUUAAUGUUUAGUAUGAAGAAUAUAAAGCAACUUUGACCACAAUAUGCCUAAUUAUAAAUCAGAUCAUUUAAACAUAAUCACUUAAUGAGAUUAGUCUUUACUGUUGAUUCCUCAAAGUAUAUCCUAAUAUAUUGAAGCAGAAAAUGAAAUUUUGUGAAAAACUGAAUAUUGUACAUUUUUUAAAGGAGGUACCUGACGAGCUCUUUGACAGAUGAACCUGAAAGGUUUUAUGUGAAGUUCUUUUAUGUUGCAUGUGUCUGUUGCUAAAUCAUGUUGGAAAGGGGAGGUUGCGUGUGAAGGCCAAAGGUCAGUUAGUUUAAGGAAUAAAAUGUGAAAAAUCUUCUUUCACUAUGACCACUAGAUCACUCACAGGUUGUUUCUCCUUCAGAGAAAAUAAAGCACUUUAAGUGUAAA